AUGGAACCAGAAAAUCAAACAUGUGUUUCAGAAUUUAUCCUCCUGGGGCUCUCAGAAGAGGUAUUACUACAGCCCCUCCUCUUUGGACUGUUUCUGUCCAUGUACCUGGUCACUUUUAUUGGGAACUCGCUCAUCAUUCUGGUCAUUAUCACUGACACCCACCUCCACACACCUAUGUAUUUCUUUGUCUCUAACCUGUCCUUUGCUGACAUCUGUUUCACCUCCACGACCAUCCCCAAGAUGCUGCUGAACAUCCAGACACAGAGAAAAGUCAUUACUUAUGCAGAAUGCAUCACCCAAGUAUACUUCUUCAUGCUUUUUGGAGAUCUGGAUAACUUCCUCCUGACUGUGAUGGCCUAUGACCGGUUUGUGGCCAUCUGUCAUCCUCUCUACUACAUGGUUAUCAUGAACUCCUGGGUCUGUGGGUUCCUGCUUAUGUCAUCCUGGAUCAUGACUGCCCUUCAGUCAUUGUCACAGAGCUUAAUGGUUUUGCGACUCUCUUUUUGUAAUGAUUUAGAAAUCCCUCACUUUUUCUGUGAGCUUAAUCAGUUGGUUCAACUUGCUUCUUCUGACACCUUUCUCAAUGAGGUAGUGAUGUAUUUUGCUACUGGACUUGUUGGUGUUGUUCCACUCACUGUAAUCCUCUUCUCUUACUCUAAGAUUGCAUCUUGCAUUUUGAGAAUCUCAUCAGCUGAAGGCAAAUGUAAAGCAUUUUCCACGUGUGUGUCUCACCUAUCAGUUGUCUCUUUGUUUUACUGCACAGCCCUUGGGGUGUAUCUUAGUUCUGCUGCUACACAAAACUUCAGGGCAAGUGCCAUAGCCUCAGUGAUGUACACAGUGGUCACGCCCAUGCUGAACCCUUUUAUCUACAGUCUCAAAAACAAGGACAUAAAGAAAGCCCUUAAAAGACUCUUUAGCCAAGAAACAUUCUCUACAUAG